GCAGACGACAGCGGAUCCCAGUGACGUGAAAAUCGGCAAAAUUCCUGGAGGAUGCGGUGCUGUUGGGCGUUAGGUAAAUAUGUUCAAUGGCAUUCCUCCUCCCCCAGGUCGAGUCAGGCGAGCAUCCACCAGCCCAAUUAGAGGCGGAAACAGACUGGCGGGGUUGUUAGUAAGCCAAACAUUAAAAUUCAACCACAUUGAUUGCAAAGUUUGGUGCUGGAAUUCGGAAGGCAGGGAAAUGCUUCAAAACAAAUCUCAGGAGGAGGAAUAAGUAGAUAUUGUGCCUUGUGUUUAGUGCAAGAGAGCUUCCCGGCUUAUCAUUGGCGUGCGUCCGGCUGCCCAACACGUGGUUAAUGAAGGGUUAACUUGUAUAUAACUCAUACAUCAAUUAUUUCAUGUAUGUUGUAAUUUUAUAUAAGUUUUUUGCUUGAUUUCAUGAGUGGUAGUGUAAUGUUUGUAUAGAGUGUGUGUGUGUGUGUGUGUGUGACUUCUGCGUGUAUGAAUUUGGUCCUGUACGUGUGUGUGUGUGUGUGUGUGUGUGUGUGUUAUAAUGGAACUUAGGUGAGGUCAUGUCAGUGCAGCCAAGGUCAUGUCAUUUGCUUCCUCAGUUUGACACCAAUGAUGCGGCUAUGUUUAAUGGUAGGGUGUGUGUGUGUGUGUGUGUGUGUGUGUGUGUAAGGAGGUCAUGUCAAUCAAGCCAGGGAGGUCAUGUCAGGCACUAGAAGGGAUAUGGGCCAGUGAUGGCAGGAUGUGUGUGUGUGUGUGUGUGUGUGUGUGUGAUGUGAGGUCAUGUCAGAUUGCCAGUCAAGCUAGCCAAGGUCACGUCAGGCCAUGCCUUUCUCUGUUUGACCUCAGCCACUAGAGAUGGUAGGAUUCAGUGUGAGUGAUGGGAGUGUGUUAGUGUGUGUGUGUGUGUGUGAUUUUCUUCUUUCUUGUAAGAGGUAGAGUGAGUCAGUAUGAGUGAUAUUUAGUGAUAUAGUGUGUGUGUGUGUGUGUGUGUGUGUGUGUGUGUGUGUGUGUGUGUGUGUGUGUGUGUGUGUGUGUGACUUUCUUACCCUUGCUCUAAUCACUCUCUAAUCAGCCUUUAUUAGUGACUGUGAUCUGUGUGUGAGGCUUCAAGUGUGUGUGUGUGUGUGUGUGUGUGUGUGUGUGUGUGUGUGAUUGUCUUAUCCUUGCACUAAUCACUCCCUCAGCAGCCUUCAUGAGUGCUGUAUACCUGCAAGUGUCACUCUUUACUUCCAGGGGUACAGAGGCCACCACAGUAGGUAUGAACAGCGUGUCUAUACUCAGGCAACACGAAUCUUUGCACAAACUAAUCUAUUUAUCGGUGGUGGUCGUGCUGCUGCUGACCCUGGUGCCCUGGCCCGGCCCGCUGGAGCCUCGACCGGCAUGUGCGAGAGACAAGGCAGCACUGGUCAGGAAGCUGGUUAACAAGAGGUGGCUGCCAGUGCUGGACAAGUAUGGAGUGACGCUGCCCCUAGAGUGCCCCCUGCAUGCCGCCCGGGACGUGUUCGCCCAGCAGGAGGCCGCUAAGGUGCACGUGCCACCCCAGUGGACAUGUGGCCUGUGUGGCAAGGCCUUCUACCACGAGGCUCACCUGGACCGCCACCUGGACAACCGGCACGAGGACUACCUCAACAAUGGCGAGGACGUGGUGUGCCUGGCAGACUUCUGUGACGUGAUGCGCUGUGAGGUGCUGCUGGAGAGGAUGCGGGACUUUGAUGACACCCCUCCCUCCGCCACUGCCCUGGACCUCUGGCAUCAACCCCUCCUGCUGUCCUCCCCCUCCAUGCACCAGUCCCAGGCACACCCAGACUGGCAGUGGAGUGUUGUUCCAGACCAAGCCGUGGAGCGCGCCCUGCCCCGCAGCCUCAUCCGCUCCUCACACUCGUCACAGCCAUGGUACCAGUGGACCCGACAGUCCCGCCUCCGCCACCACGACCCCCCUCGCCCGCCCCCCGCCAGCCCCCCACAGCCCAUCCUCGCCCCAGACCUCUCUGGGGAACAUGAGGGGGAGGAGCGGAGGGAGGUGGUGGAGCAGGGGGAGCACGGCAGCUGUGAGGGCGAUGAGGGUGACUGCCACACCACAUCAGAGGAUACCAACAACACUGACUGUUUGGCGCCUGUGCCUCGCCCACCAGACGAAAGUGGCCAUGUGACGGGCGGCCCGCGGGAGCUGCCUCUCCACCCCCUGCACUCCUGGCGGGACACCUGCAACGAGGAGCACCUGGCCGAGCUGAGAGUCAAGUGUCAGCAAUUAAUUCAGCAGUGCAUUGGAGGUCUGCUGCUUAACCUCACACUGGAGCAGUUCAAGGAAGUAGAAGGGGCGUUGAGCCGGGCGGUGUGUUGGUACCUGACGUGUGACCGCUAUUGGGAGGCGGGCACCAUGGAGCCGCCAGAGUUUCCAUGGGGCCUGGUCACUGGCUUGGUGCUGCUGCUCACACUGGGCAUCUCCCUCGCCUACUACAUUGUGUGGGUGCUGUGCGAAAGCCAAGACUCUUACAGUACUUCCAAGGCUGAACAUGGCUUUGAAAAGAGGUCCCAGGACGGGGGAGGCAGCACACCAGGCAGCGUGCACGAGGCAGGGGACAUCCCACCACUCAGGUCCACCAAGCUCAGACACUCGGCUGCCACAGAGUCCGAGAGUGAGUGUCGAGACUCUGGCUUCAAUGAGGGGCCGCCGUACCCCGACGCGGGCGACACCCACGUCUACACCGACUACGACGGACAGUCUUACCGCUCAAGGCACUACUCAGAGGACUCCAGACUCUCAUACGCACCAGAAGACUAUCCUCAUGGACACAAGUACUACAUCUCCGAGGAAAGGAUGUUCAACUACGCCACCACCUUCAUGCCCAACUACGAGCAACGACGACUAAGACGAAAUCGCUACAACUAUUUAGACGACUAUGAUAAUUAUCAAGAUUUUCCAGAAUCUGAUAAGUAUUAUGACACUUCUAGUUUAAGCCGAGAACACAGCGAUAGCUUCAUCUACGUCUCAUAUCCUCCCGAUGUGAAGAAAAGAUUCAAUGAGAAUAGGUGAUGAAAGAAUUCUAAAUUGUAUCUUUUCUUAUACCUAAAGUGGCAUUUCUUUACAAAAGAAAUUCCAAAGGAACAGAAAUCUUUCCCCAUGUGAGGGAAGUAUUGCAUCUCCUCUCAAGUAGAAACAGUCAUAUUUUGAGCAAGUGGGAUAUCUGAGGGGCAGUCUUAUCCUAACAUAAAUCAUUCAUUUCCCAGAAUUUUAAAGAAAGUGUUUCAAAAUUAUACUGAAGCAUAUUUAUGAUUUGUGUAACAAGUCAUUUCAGACUGUUGUAUGAUUGUGUCAGUGGUGCCAGUGGCUCAAGUUACAUUACCAUGAUUACACCUUCAGUUACUUCCAUUACACCAAUGGAAUAGUGCAGAAUUAUUUAAACCUUAGGCACGUUAUUUAUGGAACAUAACCUACAAUACCUACUCAUCUGAUGUACAGAGUGUGUGAGUGUUGCUAUGGACCAAGAUUAAUUAGUAUUUGAAGAGGAACUAGAAGUUUUAAUGGUUUAUAUGAAGACCCUGAGUUAGCCUGUGUAUAAAGGGAAGGCACAAGUUGGAAGUGCAGAAAAAUCUUGUUUACUUGAAUGACGCAUCAACAGAGCUUCAAAAACAGAAACAGUACAGUAAUGCUGUACUCUUAGUAAGGCAGGAAAAUAUGUAGUGUAUUCCUUGCCUUAGUAUACCUAUGCACAUUGUAAUGAGAUAUAAACACAUUUCAUGAAUGAAAUAGCUCAUCAUGAAGCCUUUAAAUUUUUAAAGAAUUUUUAAGAGGAAAUGGUUAUGUCACCAAAGAAAGGUGUAAGUUUUGUUUUACCUGCAACUGUACUAGAAAAGCUUAAUAUAAGGUUUCUGGAGAGUACCAGAAGCAUCAUUUAAGCAAGAUUCUUCUGUGCUUAUCUGUCCCCAGCUGUUCAUUAUAUGUAGACUAUAUGUUAUGCUCUUCAGUCCUUGUACAGACUGUGAGCUUAUUUGUAAUUGACUAAGUAGAGAGAUGGGAACUUUGGGUGUACCUCUGAAAAUAUUGAGACAUCAUACAAAGAUUGAGAUGCAUUCAGAGAACAAUCAGCCCGCCAGCUGUCGGCAGCCACACAGUCUGUUAAUCUGACACACUGGUGAGGACACCCACAACUGAGGUGCUGCCUGUCACACGGCAAGCACCAGACCAGCGCCUCAGCAGCAGCACUGUAAGGCUGUGUGCUAGCGGUGCAUUUUGAAUAUAGACACAGGUUCAUGUGUUGAGGAACACCCUGGCAGAGCACAAUGCAAGGUAGCUUGGUGCCGCCAGUGUCUCCUGGUGCAAUGUGCAUGGUGCCACUGUCACUGGACUGAGCAGAGUGGUGGGUACAUUUGGCUCUGCUUUGUUGCUAUACUGUACGUGGUAUAUGUUACGUUCAUAACUUGUGAGUCUACUUAGAGAAAACUUAUUUUUGUAUCUAGUGGUACUCUAUCACAAAGCGUUUUAGCCGAGUACAAAUACAAAGAAGAGACUCGUUUGUGAUAACUGUUAUGAAGGAAAGUAGAGUGUGGUGUUAGACGUGCAUUUCCACUUGAGGUUAUCUGGAUAAAGCUGUAGUUAUCUGGAGACUCCAAUACUUGAAGGAAAUGAGCAUAGUCGGUAGAACACUCAGCAUUUGUUACAUUGUGACACAGACAAGGAAGGGUGACUAUUUGAGGCAUACGCAGCUGAGCAGUGGUAGCAAGUUCUGUAUUUUCUGACUCCACUUAGCCUUGAUAGAUAGAUUCCAAUUAUCGAUACAGAGGCACUCAAACACUCCCCAAAAUUUUGAUCCAAGGUUUUCAAGGGGAAUUAUUACCUACAUGCCAUUAUAUCCUACCAAUAACAUUUCCAGUUCCACGGCUCCAUUUUAAAACUCCACGCAGCAAUAUCGUUUGCUGUUUUUUGCCUCUUAAAUAAAUGCCAUAUUAUGUUUCUUCCAUAACUCUAAGGCUUUUUUAAUAACUUUCCACUGGGACUUGCAUGAUGAUUGACACCUUCUGGAGGAACUGGUGUCAGUAGAGAAAUUUCCAUCAUCUUCAUACAUUAGACUAUAAAAGAAAAUAUGUAUAGAUAAAAAAAAUUCACAGAUGUCCACAAUUCAGCGAAAAAAUAGAGUUUUCAGGUUCCAUAGUAGUGUUAUGUAGUGAUUUCACACCAAAUCUGAAGCAUUACUACAAACUCCUCACAGCUCUCCUCAGCAACUCACCAAAGCAGGGGUUCUCAUUUAUUUCUCUGUGGUCCGUCCUUCCUUUAGAUCUGCCACUGCUAUAAACUGUCUAUAAUCAAGCAUGAUUAGCAAAGCAACACUAGUUAUCUGCUGUAAAAGGAAGCUUCUGGGUAACUGCUUACAACCAUUAGCAAAACAGUAAAGCAGGUUGUGUUAGUCAUGUUCUUAUGGCUGGAUAGGAUUGACCAGUUUGUUAUAAAUAUACUGGUCACUUGUCACAUAUUUGCUAAUAAACUAGACUUUUGAGUAAUGCCUUUGUCUUGAUGUGCAUUACAUUAUCUCAAGGAGUAUCUGGGCCUGGUGGUGGUGGUGGUGCUGGUGCAGGACAUGCUGUUUCCUGGCUGCUCUAUACACAUUGCCACACAAGGGCAAGCCGCUGUGAAGGAAUCGUGUAGUUAGGUGAUGUAUGUACGGGAUUCUAUUCCACUCCCAUUGUUGGAAUGGUGCCACAAGGAGUGUUCAUGAUGAAGUAGCAUAUUUAGUAUGAUUACUAAAAAUACUUUUCCUAAACAAUAAAAAAAAUGUCACUUACAGACAAACAGGGUUGUGGCCAAGACACGGGGAACAGUGUCAAAAUUUUUUAAAAUAUUCUUUCCGUAUCAAGAGUAGUGUAGCGCUAUACAUGGCCGGGAGAGGAGAGCAGACCCCCAUACAUGGAGGUAAUGUAAUGCACAGCACUUCAGUAAGUUUCAGCAAUAAAUAGAUAGCACUGUAGUGUAGCUGCAUGCAGGCUGUGAAGCAACAAGAGUGACGAUGUCUGAAGGUCUCAUUUUUUUUGCUGACCAUAACACACAACUUGACUCCCCAGCUGUGGAUGUGAGAGUGAGAGUGUCACCUCAGGGGCUAAUUUUCCUAAACUAAAUUAACAGGGAUACAAACCACAAAAUUCCUCAAUCAUAAGUUGUAAACCUCAAAAUUUUAAUGAAUGAUGGACAUUGGUACAUAUGAGAGGCUUGUAUCUGAGUAAUUAUGGUGUUAAUGCCAAUAGAUUUUUCACUGAGUUUGUGAUUCUACAUAUGUAGGUUACUAUAUAGAUAUAUCUGACUUUUGCAAUGUUUUCCUAUUGUAUAGAGAAUAGCAGAGAAGUAUGUUGUAUGUUGCACAUCCACUUUUGUUUUGGAAAUGAAUAGAUGUAGGCUUGACCUCCAUAAUAGAAUAGGCUUAUGUAUUAAUUUUUUGCACCAAUUAGUGGACAAGGAGUCGUCUGAGGGUAAAUGUUUUGGAUGAUUAACACCUGAAUCAAGUCACGGCCAGCUUCUGCCUUCUUAACAAUACUACUGAAUAAAGUGAACACAUAGACACAUGUGGUGAUAAUACUACUUGUUAUUCAGGUUAAUUUGCUGCCAAACACAGUAGUGCUUGCUGAACAAUGCAGCCACCUGUCAGCACCAGGCAAGGCACCUCUCGGGAGUGCCUCACUUCUCAAGUGCUACGUGCAAGCACCUCAGUUCAGGUGUUUGGGUUCUUUGAGGGAUCAAGGUAAUGGCACAAUGUACGUAGGUUGUGAUGCAAGAACUGUACAGUAAACCCUUGUUUCCUUUCUUGAAAUUUUGUCAACUGAUGAAAUAUGAAUUCUUGAAAGAUUACAUAAUAUAUACUUAGUAUCAAGAAGCAGAUGGAUAUAUUUCAUAUGUAUAUGGUAUGUAGAUAUUUUAUUGGCAAGGCCUGUGAUGCCACAAGGCAGAAAUCCAACUUGUGAGAAAGCAAGUGGAACUGAAUAUGAUAUAAAUAAAAAUACUGAGAUGAAUAUGUGAAGUAACAGUGUGAUGUGAUGAGAAAUUAGGAGACACGAAAUGGUUAUGGAAACAACACAGAAAGAUCAUGAAAGAAGACUUAAGUGGCACGGGGCACUGGGCAUGUUGGGACAAGUUAUGGGAUGUGUUUAGAAGAACAGUGAUAAAGUUUCUGGAAAGGGAUGGACUGUGUGGAUGUACAAGAGAUGAAAGAGAAGAACAGGCAUUGAUGGAAAUCAACAGUUGGGGAACACGGUGAAGGUUUGUGAAGAAGAGUGGCUAUAACUUGGUGGGAAAAGUUGCACAGUAGGAAUCAGACAUGUAUCCCUGAGAUGGAGUGCGGCCUUACUUACAGUGGGGACACCAAUGGCUAUAUCACUUUUUUUCCAAAAAGAUUUUAAAUUGAGCAACUAAUUAAGAAAAGGAUAAUACAGAAUAUGAACUAAAGCAAGACUUUCUGUGUAUGCCACAUGACACUCAGAUUUUGGUACGACAAUAAUGUAAAAUUACCAGUAUACCAUUUAUAUAACAUGUUACAUUCACAAGCACAACACUGCUGUGUUAGAAGGGUACAUGGAUCCAUACUCAUGCAGCACUAGACACAUCAUGACACAAAGAAUCUGUAUGCUGAUACAGUUUCAUCAGAAUGUGAACCCUUGUAACACACAUCAAGGCAAGAACAAUGAAGAAAUAUAAUUGUUA